AUGCCUGAUAAACACGUCGUAUUCGACGUCGUUGGCACCUGCGUCUCCUUUGAUGCAUUCUACAACACCAUCGACCGCGUCAUUGGCUCGCGACUUCUAGCCAAAAACAUCACCGCCCGCUCAUUCGGAUUCACCUGGAUGACAGCCGCAGAACUCGAGUUCACAUUCCUUUCAAUCUCCGAGCGCUACCGACCCUACAAAGACGUGAUCAAAGCUCUAUUCUAUCGAUCCCUGUACAUGUGUGGAAUCGAAUCCCCCCGCACCUUCGCCACAGAUGCAGAGCGCGACCAGUGCGUACAAGGCUACUCGGAACUAGAGCUGCGACCUGGAACAGCCGAUUGUUUUGAAAUUUUGCGCAAUGCCGGAUUCACAGUUUGGUGUUUGACUACUGGUGAUGCGAAGCGGGUUCGUGGAUACUUUGAGCGGGCGGGUGUGGAUAUGCCGUUGGAGAACUUCAUUACUUGUGAUACGGCUGGAGUGGCGAAGCCGGCGCUGGCGGCGUAUAAGCCUGCGUUGGCGCGAUUUGCGGAGGACGACGUGAAGUGGUUUGCGGCGGCGCAUAUGUGGGAUGUUUCGGCUGCUGUUAAGGUUGGGUUCCGGGGUGCUUAUUGUACGGUUUAUGAGAAGGAGUCUUGUGCUGAGUUGUUUGAUGCGGAGAUGGAUGUUCUCGCGGAUACUCUGCCGGACAUGGCGAAGAGUAUUGUUGCGGCUUCUACGUGA